UCUGGCACGUCUCUCCGAAUAUAUUGCGCACCGAUUCAAUUGAUCUUAUAUAUAUAUAUAUUUAUAUAUAUAUUUUGAUAUUCCGAAAUCUCACAAUGGGCGCCACCAAUGUGGAGCUGCUAUUGGUUGCCAUUCUCGCGCUGAUCUCGCUUCCGCCGCCGUUAGCCUAUGCGAUCCAAGCCUGCAAGAGCCACCAGAGCUGCGUGGACAAGAAGAUCUGCGAGGUGAGCGAUGAUUCCGGCAGAGGGAAACUGGGGGUGCGGGUCCUUGACCUCAGCUGUGGCCCCAACCAAGUGUGCUGCGAUAAAGAGCAGCUGGAGAGCUACUAUGCCCUGGAGGCCGAGAUUGAGUAUCGCAAACAGCGCCAGGGAAACCCCUGGCUCUCCAAGAUUGAUACUACCACAACUAUCACGACAACGAUUACUGCCACCCCGGAUGAAGGUUAUAAAAGCUGUGGCUUGCAAAAGGAGUGUGUGCCGCGACAUCUCUGCAGGACCGGAGUGGUCAACGAGGACGGAAGGUACAUCAUCAAGGCGCGCAUAAAUGAGGACAGUAACUUUGGCUGUCGCUCUGUGGAGCAGUGCUGUGAGGUGGAAGACCAGAUCGAGGAAGAGAAGACUCCCCAGUUUCGCAAUGUCCAGGACUUCCAGUUCAAGGGCUGCGGUUAUAGCAAUCCGCGGGGCCUCUACUACUCCCUGGACGGCUACAACGACAACGAGUCCGUCUUCGGUGAGUUCCCCUGGAUGAUGGCCCUGAUGGACAUGGAGGGCAACUUCAUUUCCGGCGGCACUUUGAUCCACCCGCAACUGGUGCUGACCACUGCCCACAAUGUGGCCAAUUACACCGAGGAUUCGCUGCUGGCACGGGCUGGCGACUGGGAUCUGAACACCCAGACUGAGCGACUUCCCUACCAGAUGCGUCGGAUUAGCUACAUGCAUCGCCACGAGAACUUCAACAAGCUGACCUUCUACAAUGACAUCGCCCUGCUGGUCCUGGAGCGACCCUUCCAGCUGGCCCCGCACAUCCAGCCGGUGUGCCUGCCGCCGGCGGAGUCGCCGCAGGUGUCGGAGCAACUGGAGCAGGCGCAUUGCCUGGCCACGGGCUGGGGGCACAGUAACAGCACGUCUCGCACCAUGGAACACCUGCUGAAGCGCAUAGUGCUGCCUGUGGUGGACCACGAGUCCUGUCAGCGUCUGCUGCGUCGCACGGUCCUGGGACGUCGAUACCGCCUCCAUGACAGCUUCAUCUGUGCCGGCGGCGUGGAGGGAAGGGAUACGUGCAAGGGUGACGGCGGUUCGCCACUGUUCUGCACGAUGCCGGGUCAAACGGAUCGGUAUCAACUGGCCGGGCUAGUGUCCUGGGGCAUUGAGUGCGCCGAAAAGGAUGUGCCGGCGGCCUAUACGAAUGUGGCUAACCUACGGAGCUGGAUCGAUAAGAAAAUGGUGGAGUGUGGCUUUCCACCGAGUGAAAAUGUUUAAUUUGUAAUAAUAUUUAAUAACUAAA